ACAUCUUGUGUAGUUGUAUCCUGCUUUCUUGGAAAAAAAACAAAUUAAAAUGGAAAGAAUGGUUUUGGAAGUUGCACUAAAAGGAGACGUAGCAAGCUUAAAGAAGCUAUUAGAGGAAGAUCCUCUGAUUCUGGAGAGAUGCAUGGUUAGUGUUUACUCCGACGACACACCAUUGCAUGUGGCAGCAAUGCUGGGUUACGAGGAUUUUGCCAAUGAAAUCCUUAGGAGGAAACCCGAGCUAGCCAAAGAGUUGAAUUCCAAGCAAUCUUCGCCUCUUCACCUCGCGGCUGCCAUGGGGCAUGCGGGUGUGGUUAGAGCUCUACUGUUAGUUGAUCGCGGGAUGCUUAAGGGUCGUGAUAGAGACUGGCUCACUCCCUUCCACCUUGCAGCUGUAAAAGGGAGAGUGGAGGUGUUGAAGGAGCUGAUGAGUGAUGAUGAUGGUGAAAUUUGUAGCAGUGAAUUAAGUGAGGGUAUGGGGAUGGAUGGUGGGAAGUUGGGAGAGAGCAUUUUGCACAUGUGUGUUAAGCAUGGGCAGUUGGAGGCUCUGAAGCUUCUUGUGGAGAUGAUAGCAGACAGAGAUGGCGAGGCUAUGAAGUUUUUGGUCCAACGUAGUGGAAUACAAGUGAAUAAUGGGAAAGAGAUUGGAGAAGUAGUUGCGAGGAGGGAGAAUUCAAAGGAAGAAUCAUCAGAGAAAUAUAAGAAAAAGAAAGAGAGUUGGGUUAAUGGUGGUAGCUUCAUUGCUGGCAACAAUGGCAUUUCAGGCCAUUGUUAGCCCACCUGGCGGUGUAAUGCAGGUUACUGAAGGUAUCAACCAAACGUGGGUGGAUGAUACUGCUAUCUUUUGUUUUUUUUUAUCACAUGAUUGUUUUAUCUGGAAAUCUGGAUAAUAAUAAUAAUAAUGCUCCAGCACCGGCGACAGGUAUUAUAGGAAAAUCUGUGAUGUCUUAUUACAAACCACUUGCAUAUGAAAUGUUCCUAGCGUGGAACACGUUGAGCUUUUUCGCGUCUCUCA